AUGUUGGUUUUAGUGAAAAUUCAGGUUGUGGUGUUGGGGUUGUUGGUUGCCACUGUUUGGGGUAAGGAUUUCCAUGGUGGUGUAACUAUUGAUUGGAAUGCUCAAGAUGUUAGUUUUGGAGACGUCCAUGUCUUUCCCAACUCCAUUUGGUCAAUGAUCAACAAUGCUUAUGCAAAUUUUCGAGGAAACAUUCAAAUUGACAAGACUGGUGGGUUGUACAUUUCUGGUGUUGCGCCAGAUAUUUAUUUAUCGGCCACUUUAAAAGAUCUGAUUCAUUCAUUUAUCAAUGAUGGUAUUGUUUCAUUCAAUGCUUUAAAAGCUGCUCCAACAUAUACAUUUUGGAUUGUUGGAAACAAGUUUGAAAACAAUGGUGACUUGUUCUUUUCUGCUUCUGGUGAAGGUUCAGUCGUAAGUGCAAUCAAGGCUGAAGAUUGGCAUAAUAAUGGAUAUCUUCACUUUUAUCAAAAAUUGAAGAGUGAUAGUUUUGUCCAAUUGGGUAAGGAUGCAAAGACAUUGGUGAAUAAUGGACAAGUUUGUUUUACCAAUCAAAAUUGGCAUCAGCUUGCUGGUGUGUUGGGAACUGGUUGUUUUACUGCACUGGGUAAAUCAUCAUUCUACUUGAUGAACAAUGCUGUGCCAUUUUCAGAGAAUCAAAUCUUGUACUUGAACAAUGGUGAAACUUCAAUCAUGGCAAUUCCGUCGAUUAAUAAUCCUUUAACAUACCACGUGAGAGGUUUUGGUACUUAUGACACUGGUAUUUCCAACAAGAUUGGGUUUACAGCUACAUUGUACAAUUCAGUGUCAGGAAAACCAGCAUGGGAAUACGAUGCCAAGUAUGGUAUUUUAACCUUGUGGACUGGGUUGUAUUCACAUCAUUUUGAAAUUGGAACUGGUUAUGACCCUACAAAGUUUGAAAUUGUCAGUGACAAGAGUAGAGAGAUUCCUCAAGUUCAUUUGGGAGCAGUGCAAUACAAUGGACCACCACCACAACCAGGUAUGCCACCAGAGUGUAAACCAUGCAAGCCAAUCCCAGGUAUUCCAGGAAUUGACCCAUUACCAUCAACCACAUCUACAGUUGAGUCGACCACUAUGCAAACAUCCACUGCUUCCAAAACCACAUCCAAGCAUGGACUUAUCAAGACAGUAACAGUGUUUGAAACUGAUGUUGUUAUGGUUACUUCAACCCACACCAUCACCAGCACAGUGAAACCUUGA